UAUUGUCGCUGCUUGUGGUGAGCUCAGCCGUUAGCACCGUUAGCACUGCGGGCACAAACAUCUGUUGAGCUAAGCUAACAUUCGCUGGUACAAGCGGUCUGAACGUGUUUUAGUACAACCUCGCUAGCUCGAAGGAGGAACAGUAAAGCUAACUGCCAGUUUGCCCCGCCGUAUGACAUAAGUGCCGUCGUGAACGUUAUGACUAAUUUAUAUUUAGGGAUCAGGUUGUAUUCUUAGCAUUAGCCUCUGCCAAACCGAGGUUCGACUGGCAGACAUGGAGACUCGGGGGAUUGAGGACAUGUUUGACUUUCGUCGGUUUCCCAAAGAUGCAGCUGUUCUCCUGCUGUUGCUGAUUUACUUUCCAGUAGGCAUUUGUUUGAUGUUGAUACGGAUUUUUAUUGGCGUCCAUGUGUUUCUGGUCAGCUGUGCACUUCCAGAAAGUUUUGUUAGAAGAUUUAUUGUUAGGGUUAUGUGCUCAGUGCUGGGAAUGCACGUGAGACAGAACAACCCUCGCUCCAGAGACAGAAACACCAAGCUGUACAUAUGCAAUCAUGUGACAGAAUUUGACCACAACAUAGUCAACCUCCUGGCCCCCUGCAGUACUCCCCAGUUAGAAGGCUCGACGGGCUUUGUGUGUUGGGCCAGAGGCUUCAUGGAAAUCCAUUCAGCGGCUGGCCAGGGAGCGAUAGGAGAGUCUCUUCAGAGGUACUGCUCCACUGAAGGCACCCCACCUUUGCUCCUAUUUCCUGAAGAGGACACCACAAAUGGCCGUGCCGGUCUGCUCAAGUUCAGUUCCUGGCCUUUCUCACUGACUGAAUCCAUUCAACCUGUGGCUUUACGGGUGACCAGACCAUUGAUUUCUCUGAGCACGCCAGAGUCCAGCUGGCUGAUGGAGCUCUUAUGGACAUUUUUUGCUCCAUGUACAGUGUAUCAUGUAAGUUGGCUGCCACCAGUGUCCAGACAAGAUGGCGAGUCCACACAGGAGUUUGCCAACAAAGUCCAGGAGCUACUGGCUGGUGAGCUUGGCUUGGUCUCCACCAAGAUCACUAAAGCUGAUAAAACCGAGCACAUCAAAAGGAAAAGGCAUACUGUUCCACAGACAUCUACAAAUGUCACACCUGGCUCUAUUGGGCUGGGAUUCAUGGUCCAGAGUUUGGGCACAGAUGAUCACAGGAUUGCGAAGAUGGCCCAACAGGUGAAGGACGUGCUGCCUCAUGUCCCUCUGAAUGUCAUUGCAAAGGAUUUAGCAAAAACCAAUUGUGUUGACACCACCAUAACCAAUCUGCUGGAGAACAAGGAGGAAGCUCCAAUGGAAGCAUCUGGGAUGUCGACAUUUGGGGCUUCUAAGAUCAGCUCCUAUUCUUCUGGAUCUGCUCCUACCAUAAAGCCUGCUGCCAAAACUUUUGGGAAAUCACCAGCUGACAGACAUUUGUCUCUCCAAGAAAGAAAGGAAGCGCUGUAUAAUUUUGCACGAAGCCUGACAAUGUCGGAACAAGCUCUGAAUGAGACGACAGAUGGUGUCCUGGGGUAUCUCCUCCCAGAACUGGACCAGGGCAUCGCUGAGCUCCUGGACAGUCUGAGGAGCAACCUGAUGGUGUCAGAUGGAACAAAGCAUAAUGUUCCAAAGGUGUUCUGUUGGAUUCAGGUCAGGCGCUACAUUGAAAAGCACGGAUUGGAUCAAGAGGACGGUCACUGAACACUCUUUGUGUCAAGCCAUUAUUGAGAACUUGUCAGAAAGAAGCAUCUUCAACUUGCAUAGCUGUCUAAUUCGAACAGUGAUUUUAUAUUCUCUCAACCGGUUCUGUUGGAAAAACAGAUUUUGUUAUUUGCAAAUAAUUGCGACAAGUAUUCAGAACAUGUAUAAGUUCAUGGAAUGGUGAUUAUGCAUGUGUUUAAUUCUUCAUUCUGGCUGAUACAUAAUUUUGAUAACAGUUUGUAUUACGAUCCACUGACUGUGAAUCAUGUAUUUAUUUUUAUAAUGUCCAGAGUUGUCGAUGAAAAUAAAGUUCAGCUUGACCUCG